AAAUUUUUCUUUAAUUUGAUAGACUCUCAAGGAUAAGUAAUCAUAAACAUUGUUCGUCGGUGACAAAUUGCAUUGUGCAUUCAUCAGGGUUUGUUAGACACAUGCUGGUCUUAUCAUUUAGCAGAAUUUUUCUCUGUUUGUUGUGGAAUAUUGAACUUUUCUAAAAGAGGAUUUUCUUAUCAAAAGAGUUCUUAGGGUAGUUCUUUGGGCUGAAACAUUGCAAAGGAAAUAUCAGACUUUGUUUUGGGCGGUUUUAUUUCUUUGUCAGUUUCUUAAGAAGUUUAAGUGCUAAGAAUAGUUCAGAACAUAGUCAGAGCUUGGUGAUGUUAUGAAACAUAAAAUAUUUAAUGUGAAGAACUAUUACUGAGGGACAGGGAAAUCAGUAUACCGGAUAUUAAUGAUAAAUACUUUGUGAUUGAAUUUAUCAAAAUCUGACAGACAAUAAAUGGAGACUCUGGUUUUGUCAAGUUUUAAAUCGUGUUUGCAUUGUGGUGUGUCGAUUAAUAUCGUGGAUUUUGACGCAAACUAUCUUUGGCCAAUUCAGAGAGAUUUACAGAAAAAGAGUCGACGGAAGUCUUUGCUGCGUGUUUCAUCCCUGGCUAAUCUGCUGUCGCCAAAAGCCAGCAGAAAACCAGAAACAUUCAAGCGCACACUGAGUUUCAAAGUGCCCCUCGUGCCUACCAACCACCAUCAACGCAACCAUGGCAACAGUCAUAACAACACAACCACCAACAACAACACAAUAUCGCCCUACAAAGCCCCACCCCCGUCUCCGGGAAGAUGCCGACUGGCGCGAACCUGGAGCGACAUGAUGACAGGAGAUGGGACGAUGUUGUCUACACUCUCGUGCCAGGAUAUUAAACGACAGGAGGCUAUAUAUGAACUGUACCAGGGAGAGCUAGAUUUGAUCGAGGACCUCAAUGUUGUUAAAAAUACAUAUCAGGACUGUAUGAGGAAGCUUCAGCUUAUGACAGAAGGAGAACUGGGGCAGAUAUUCGGAAACCUGGACAACCUCAUACCUGUACAUGAAGAUUUGGUAAACAGAAUGAAAACCCAACGGAGACCCGAUGGAACAACGGCAGAAAUUGGCCAGGAGCUGAAAGACUGGAUCCCAAGACUGCGUGUAUAUGUGUCAUUCUGUGCAAACCAAGUAUUCGGCAAGGUUUUACUGGACGAUAAGAAAGAGGAACCGGCAAUUGACGACUUCCUGCAACGAUGUCAGGACUCGCCAUUCAGUAGAAAAUUAGACCUUUGGGGACUAUUAGAUGGAGCAAGAAGCCGGUUCAUGAAGUACCCACUACUGUUGAAGAGCAUUUUGAAAUACACAUCUGAUUGGCUGGAUGCCCAAAACCUGAGUGAGGCUGUGAGGCUUGCAGAAGAAAUUGUUGGAGAUGCAGACAAGAGAACAGGAGAAGCAAAAUGUGUUUACUAUCGGUCACGCAUCACAUAUCUCUAUGAUGAUCAGAAACAUGCUGACAUCGAAAAUGCAUCAACCCUGCUGUGCAAUGGGACAUUGAAAAAUAAUAAAGGCAGCAAGCUUCAACUAUUCCUGUUCGACACAAUACUCGUACUCACGCGGCUGGUAACGCAGGGGGGAUAUCAGCGGUUCCAGGUUUACCGAGACCCAAUCCCCAUUAGCGACCUUGUCCUCGAGGAUCUCAAGGAUGGAGAGGUCAAAAUGGGCUCGUUCCGAUCAGCAUUCUCAUCUUCUCAGACUUCAAAGAAUGUGUUCCGAGUCUCAUUCACUGAAUCAGGCAAGGGCCAGUCACACACUUUGAUGUCCAACGACGAGCACGACAAGCGACAAUGGCUUAACUCAAUCAGGUCUGCAUUGAACAACGUAAAGAAAGAAUCACCAGAAAUCGUAGCAGUCCAUUUGGCUCCAAAUGUUCGCUUGCAUUCAGACAGUUCUGAAGGGGAAUGAAUAUUACUCAAGGGAGAUAAUUUUGGUCAAAGUUUUCUUCGCAAGGGUUGUUUCUCUUGUAUGAAUUGAUUGAAAGUAAUGGAAGCUCGGACUUGAAAUUGCUAAGGUGUAGCAUUGUGCAAUAUGACGGAACGGUAGUAAAUUGACUGGAAAAUUGCAAUCAGCUGAUAUGAGUGGAGAAAAGAUAUGUAAAUGGCUGAUGAAGGAAUUAUGUCACGAAAGUUGAACUGUGGCUACAUAUAAGUCAGAACAUAUAUCAAUAUGUUUAACAUUUAUGUACAUGUAUCAAUGUUAGAAAGUAUUUGAGUGACAUCUGACAAUUGUUUGUAUGUGGCAAUUAAGUCAAACUUUUGUAUGUUAUAUGUCUUAUGGUAAACAAAAGAUAAUAUGAAAUGGAAGAUGGUUUAAUGGAAUAGAUCUCUUUAAAUUUGUUUCCU